UCUUGUCAGUCGGCCGAGAAAAGUCGACCGAUUGACACCUCAGAGCAGUGCACUUGAUGACCCUGGUAAUAGUUCAUCGUUCUUUUGGAUAAGAUAUAUAUAUUGGUGGUUCAAUCCUCUCUGAAAGCAGGCUAGAAGACAACAGACCAAUUUAAAGAAUUUCUACGUCAUAAACGGCAAAAUAUGACUUCUAACGGGACGGUAAAUAUGACCGAGCUGGAGACCUUCCUCCCGCAGGACGGAUCCAACUUGAAGGACGGUGGAAAGUACAAAAUUAACAUUGUUUCAAAGGAGGGAAAUCAUUUAAAUAAUCAUGAUGCCAAAGCUGCUUACUGGGAUCCAUUCAAAGAAAGAAAAGUUGAGCAUCCAACAACUGAUUGUGACACUCUUACACAUUUGCUCAAAGCUUCGUUAGGCACAGGAAUUCUAGCGAUGCCGUACGCUUUCAAAAAUGCAGGGAUGUCGUUAGCGAUAAUCUUGACAGUUGUUGUCGCCAUAAUCUGUACACACUGUGCCUACAUUCUGGUCAAAUGUGCCCACGAACUGUACAGACGGACUAGAGUGACUGCAAUGAGUUUUCCUGAUGUGGGCGAAGUGGCCUUUGCAAACGGACCUGCGUGGGGUAGGCGCUACUCCAAAUUAGCUAGAAUGACAAUCAUUGCUGGAUUGUUUACAGCAUACUUUGGCACAUGCAGUGUUUACACUGUCAUAAUUUCUGAAAAUUUCAGACAGGUGUAUGACAACUAUGCAACUGAGCCAAUAAAUCAAAGAUUGUGCAUAAUCUCCCUUCUAAUACCACUUAUUUUGCUGACGUACAUUCCAAACUUGAAAUACCUUGCUCCCGUUUCCAUGGUGGCUAAUCUUUUUAUGGCAGUCGGAUUGGGAAUAACAUUCUAUUAUUUGGUCGUCCCAGGGACUUUAGGCUCCCCUUGGGAUUUGCCUCAAGUAGGAGAUUGGAAAAAUUUACCUCAGUUUUUCUCAAUUACAAUAUUUGCCAUGGAAGCCAUCGGAGUGGUCAUGCCUUUGGAAAAUAACAUGAAAACGCCUCAACAUUUUAUUGGAAUUUGUGGAGUACUCAACAGAGGAAUGGGAGGAGUGACCAUGGUCUACAUCUUGCUUGGCUUCUUGGGUUAUUUGAAGUACCCUGAUGACGUUGAUGCCUCAAUCACUCUUAGCCUUCCAAAUGAAGAAAUACCUGCACAGGCUGUGAAGAUUCUUGUUGCCUUAGCCGUAUUUUGUACUUAUGGUCUUCAGUAUUUUGUUUGCCUUGAGAUCGUCUGGGAUGCCGUGAAAGAUAAGAGCAAAAUGAACAAAACCGUAUAUGAAUAUUUGGUCCGAACCAUCCUUACUACAACUACUGUUUUACUGGCAGUAGCAGUUCCAACAAUUGGACCGUUCCUCGGACUUCUUGGAGCUUUUUGCUUUUCACUCCUUGGCCUUCUUAUCCCAGCGGUUAUUGAGAUAGUCACAUUUUGGGAAAAAGGUGUAGGACCUGGCAGGUGGAUCCUUUGGAAAAACAUCUUUGUUCUCAUAUUCGGACUACUGGCUCUUGUCUUUGGCUCUUACACGAGCAUAGAAGAAAUUGCAAUGCUGUACUUAAAACCGGAACCUGUUUUAGCAUCCGGUUUGAAUGAAACUGUUGCAACUUUUGCAAACAGUACACAUAAUGCUAUAGAUUCAAUGUUAGGAUUAAUCAACGCAACUCUUGCAGCCGUCAAUAGCACAUUAACCAAUGUAACACAAUCUUUGUAAUUACCUCAAAUCAAUAUGCAACAAUAUGUAUAAAGCUAUCAUAGUGAAACAUGUGAUUGUUUGUCCAAAAUUCUUGAGGCUUUGUUAACUUUUACACCGUGCCUUAGAAAAAGUAAAUUGGCAAUACAUGAACAAAGACAAGAUUUUUUUAAAACAAAAAUUAUUUUAUAAGAAAUUAUGAUUUUGGACUAAUAUUCCUAAUACCACCCAUUUGAAAAGAAAAAGACUAAUAAAUUAUUUAAGUAUUAAUUGUUGAAAUUUAAAUGUAAACUUUUUUUUAGUUUUGCUGUUAAUGCAAGUAUUUCUACAAACGAAUUUUUAAAAAUGAAUUAAUUUUUAUCCAUUUUUUUGUUCAGUUUUAUUUUUUCAUUUGAAUAAACUAUUACUGAGUACUAAAAUAAAGGAGGUAUUAUUUCUGGUAAAUUUAAAUAAAAUAAGCUUACUUGUUUUUUUUUGUUUUUUUAAUGGCUUUCAUAGAUAAUAGAUAAAUAUCAAUGUGAUAAAUUAUGGUUUCAAUUCCUGAUUUUCAAUUUGUAUAUGAGAGAUAAAAAAGAUAAUUAUAGAAUAUUUAAUUGAAUUACUUUAUUUAAGAACACAAGUGUUAAUUUAUUAUUUGUACAGUUUAGAUUCAAAGUUUCCAUGAUAGAUUUUAUAAUUUCCUUCCAAAAUUAUUUAACAUUCUAUACUUAUUUUCUCAUUUGAUGAGAGUGAAAGAGGAUGGAGAAAUAUGUUAGGAAUGAUUUGUGUGAAAGGUCAUAUUUCAUAAAAUAAUUAUAACGUGAUACAUUAUGUAUUGUGAUCUGUAAAUAGCUGAUCUGUAUAAAAUGUAUUUUGUUAGCGAGACUAUUGACACAUGAAUUUUUCUAUGAAAAAUUUGAGGUAAUAUACAUAAUAACAAAUAAUGAACAAUUUUCCUUGAAAACAUUCAAAAAAUAUAAACAAUUGUUUAUAGACUUAAUGUUCCCUCCCUGUUACUUUUCUAUUUCCAAGUUUUUGUUACUGAUCAAGUGUUAUUUGUAUUCUUUUACAAUAAAAAAUUCCAGUCUUAGCCUGCUGAAAGAAAACAAAACAAAA